CUUCUCUCCGCCAGAUUCAAACAGCAGCUGGAGAAAGCAGCAAAACCUGGAAGAGCAGAGGACAAGAGGAACAGAGAGAAAGACGUCUGUUGCAGAAUAGAAGAAAUCUUUUUGUUGUCAAGAAAUAUUUAUUAGAAAGUUCUUAUCCCUUCUCACAAGUGAAUUAGUUACAGAAUUUUUUGAAGCCAAAAUGAGGAAAAGCAACAUUAUUACCCUCUCUAUCUUAAUCUUCUUGACCUUCCCCACCAUCAGCGAAGGAAUGAGCCUGAGAAGCUUAGGAGUGGAGCUGCACUGCCGCUGCAUCCAGACUGAGAGCAGACCCAUAGGGCGCCACAUAGAGAAAGUGGAGCUGAUUCCUGCCAACUCUCACUGCGAGGAGACUGAGAUCAUUGCCACUCUUAAAAAGAACGGCCAAGAAGUUUGCCUGGACCCUGAGGCUCUGUGGGUGAAGAAAAUAAUUCAGAGGAUCAUGUCAAACAAGAAACGAUGAGGAGAAAUGAAUAAAGGCAACGACUUCAAAGAAUCAAAAGGCUUGGCCUGGUCUGACGAUGGGUCACUAAACUUUGAUUCACCUGAUGCUGAAAACUACAGCAUCUUUGUCCUCAAAUUGUUUGCAUCAAACGCUCUGUUUAUUAACUUACCACCCCCUCUUUGUAUGCUUUAUGCUUUAUGUA